GUGGGCGAAAGUAAUUGGGGAAUCAAUUCAAUAGACCUGUUGUACAAUACGGCUGAUUCACUAUUCCGGGGCUCAACUAAAGGUGGCAAAAAGGUGGCCCGUUCUGUGGAGGGCAGUCUCGGUAUGUUUACGACACCGCUAGGCAAAUCCUAUUUGUGUCCGUCACCGCCAGUCAUCAAUCUAAUGGAGUCUAAGACUGGGAAGCAAACCGUUGUAUUGCGUUUGACUAACAUUCAGAUACAGGCGUUUCAAAUAGAAAAGGGGAAAUUUGCUCCGAUGGUUCGGUGCAGUUCUGUUGGCUUUGGGUCUGGAGUUCAGGCGCCCAUACGGUUC